AUGAGUCUGUGGGCAGAUAAAUAUCGACCAAAUUCGUUACAAAAAGUCGAUUACCACCAGGAUCAAGCUCAGCAUUUAACGAACCUCGUAAAUCAAGGCGAUUUUCCACAUCUACUGUUUUACGGACCUAAUGGCGCCGGAAAAAAGACUCGUAUUUUAGCAUUGUUACGACAACUCUAUGGUCCUGGAGUUGAAAGAUUACGCACAGAACACAUGAACUUCAUGACUCCUUCAAAUAAGAAAUUUGAGAUAAUGACUGUGGCUAGCAAUUAUCAUAUAGAAGUAAAUGCUAGUGAUGCUGGUAUGUAUGACCGCAUUGUAGUUAUGGAGCUCAUAAAAACUGUCGCUCAAACUCAUCAAUUAGAUUCAACUAAGCAACGGCACUUCAAAGUGAUCUUAUUAACUGAAGUGGACAGGCUUACUAAAGAAGCUCAACAAGCUUUGCGACGAACAAUGGAAAAAUAUAUGGCUACUUGUCGUAUUAUUUUGUGUGCUAAUUCCAUUGGUCAAGUGAUUCCAGCCAUACGUAGUAGAUGUUUAGCUGUGCGAGUCCCAGCUCCCACUCAUGAAGAUAUUUGUAAAAUAUUAAAAACGAUUUGCAAAAAGGAAGGAUUAACAUUACCAGAUGAAUUGGCAUUAAUUAUCUCCCAGAAUUGUGAACGAAACUUAAGGCGAGCAAUAUUAAUGUUAGAAGCUAGUAAAGUAAAACAGUACCCUUUUGAUGUAAAACAAAGUGUUGUUGUACCAGAUUGGCAACUUUAUAUUGGUGAUACUGCCAAACAAAUAUUAAGCCAGCAAACUCCUGGAAAAUUGCUUGAAGUUCGAUCUAUGCUUUAUGAAUUGAUAGUUCAUGGCAUUCCAACAAAUGUGAUUUUUAAAUUUUUACUUAAAGAGUUGGUGAAAAACUGUGACAUUUCGUUGAAACACGAUAUUGUGGAAAUUGCAUCGUUUUAUGAACAUAGUUUAUUAAAAGGUAAUAAAACCAUGUUUCAUUUAGAGGCAUUUGUAGCCAAAUUUAUGUUACUUUAUUCAAAGUUCAUGGAAGAGUCGUUAAAUGGUAUAUUUUAA